AUGGCCCGCCUCUGCUCCUCGCAGAAAUUCUCCCCCGACUCCCUUUGCGGCCAGCGGGGCCCGCGGCAGCGCGGAGGCCCCCGCGUGCCGACGCGCGCCUUCCCGCGCAUCUACGGCGCGCGCCCGCCUCCUGUGCACGAUGAUCCGCGCCACGAUGCCGUGGGGAAUCUGAUGUCCGCCCUCGAGGGGGCGGGCAGGGGCCUGACGACGUCCGGGGACGGCCGGGCGGCGAUAAUGGCGGCUGUGGAGACUCUGGAGGGCUUGGGGGCUGAGAGCGUGACCACGGGGGAGGACCUGUCCAGCAGGUGGAGGCUGCUGUGGACGACCGAAAAG